ACACAUCAACGGUCAGUAUAGUUUCCCUCAAGAAUAAAUACCCUCUUUACUCACCUAUUUAGUAACAUCAACAAGUUAGAAGCUCUCACUAUAUAACAUUUCUUUUUCACUCAAUCUACCUCUCUUUCUGGUGUAUCAAUGGAGCUUGAUACACAUCACAAAGAAGAUCAUCAUGUCUAUCAAUCAAUUCUCCUCCCUGGCAACUACAUAAAACCCGAAAUCGACAAUGAUUUCUCAGUGAAUAUUGGUUCAUCCAAGGGCUUCUACCAAGAUAAUUACCAGACUCUUGACCAGUUUUCUUUCACUGGAUCAUCAUCAUCUUACAACCACCCUAACAAAAUUUCUUCACCCAAUGUUUUUUCUGAUCCUUAUGAUCCCUUCAUUUACCCUUCUGGGAAAAGUUAUGAUAUUUUUGAUCAGUUUAAACCUUUUGAAGAAAAUGGUGGCAGCUCAUUUGUACAAAACAGUUCUGAUUUGCAGGUAGGUGGAUUUGUCAACAAUCCUACUGCAGGUAAAGUGGAUUGUAAUGCAUCUGAUCAACGUCGUCGUUUGGGGAAAAUGUCGGUGAUGGUGCCAGAUGAGGGUUCAUGUGUCACGGCUGACCAUAAAAAUAUACCUGGUAAGUAUUUUGGUAAAAGGAGUGAUGCAUUUACUUCUUCUUCUACAAAGCCAAGCAAGAAUACAAAGAAGCUCAAGUCAUCCAAGGGACAAUGGACAGCUGAGGAAGAUAGGCUGUUGGUUGAUAUGGUGAAAAAGUAUGGAGUGAGAAAAUGGUCUCAUAUUGCUAGCAUGCUGAAAGGAAGGAUUGGCAAACAAUGCAGAGAGAGAUGGCACAAUCAUCUGAGGCCUGACAUCAAGAAAGACUUGUGGAGUGAAGAUGAGGAUAGAAUACUAAUCCAGGCUCAUUCAAAAGUUGGAAACAAGUGGGCAGAGAUUGCUAAAAGGUUGCCUGGUAGGACUGAAAACUCUAUCAAAAACCACUGGAAUGCAACAAAGAGAAGGCAGUAUUCUAGACGUAAAUGUCGCACAAAAUGGCCAAGACCUAGCUCUCUUCUCCAACACUACAUUAAGAGCUUGCACUUGGAUAAUACCAAACCAACUAAUUACCGUAGAAAAUCCUCUUCAAUUAAUAAAACCCCUGCUGAAGUUAUCCCCAAGCUCAACAUCCCAACAACAAAACCACCAAAUUGGUCGGAGAAAGCAGAGUUUUGUCCUAACUUUGAUGAUGAUUUGAAAGAGUUGGCUGAGCUUAAUUUCAUGGAAAAUCCGUUUGAGGGGGUUAGUAUUGAUGAUCUUCUUGAAGAUUUGCCUCCAAUUAAGACUCCUCCAGUGGAGGACAGUGGCAUAGAUAUGAAUCUGGAUUCGAAUGAUCAAAGGCCUACGCUUAUGCAGUGUCAAGUGAAAAAGGAUCUUGAUUUGAUGGAGAUGAUCUCUCAAAUUAAUAUGUAA